AUGCGCCUCUUCCUCCUUCCAAUCUCUACGCGGCGCACGCUGUUCUAUUGCGAGCGCCUGACCGAGCCGCUCCCUCACCAGAUGUCCCUCAUGGACAAGGUCCAAAACCGGGCCGCCAAGAUGUGGUCCGGCUGGGAGAAGAAGCCACCGGGCAGCCUGAUGCACCGCAUUGUGUCCUCGGGCAACGCCGGUCUACGACGCAUUGCCUUUGAGGAGUGGGGGCUCAAGUCGGUGCCGCCUCACUCGGCACGGAAGCGGAUGGAAGAAGCGGCCGCUCGGGCGAUCGAGGAGGACAAGGAGAACAAGAAGAAUACGAAUGCGGACGGGGUGGAUACAAAGGACACCAAAACGGCCGUCGUCAAAGGCUUCGACUCAAAAUCGGUCCAAGUUGUCUAUCCGUCAUCCGUCAUUCCCUCGACGUCUGUGGAGGCGCUGCUGACCAGGCUGGGCACCGAGCGCGAGGAUUUGCACCGGAAGCGGCUGAUCUGGUGCUUUGUCGGCAUGCCCAUCACGGCGCCGUUUGUCCUCGUCCCCGUCAUCCCCAAUAUUCCCUUCUUCUACCUGGCCUACCGCGCGUGGUCACACUGGCGGGCGCUCUCCGGCAGCAAACACAUCCAGCACCUACUGGCGAACAAGGGCCUCGUCUAUACGUCCUCGCCGAUUCUCGACGCCAUCUACGACAAGGAGAAGUCCGUUAUGGGGGAGACAAAGCCAGUCGGAACGCAGAUACGCCGGGAGGCCGACAGCAACGGGAGUGCGGUGAGCCACGACGAAGCAGAGCCGGAACGACUGCUCCUAUCGAACCCGAGCGGCAGCAAAGGCAUUGCGGACGCGUUCAACGCGCCGUCCCUCGAGCUCGAGCUAGAGCGGGCCAUUUGGCAGGUAGAGACAGCCCUAGCGAAGGAGCGCGGGGUGAAGGGGAAGAAUGAGGAGGAGACGAAGCAAGAAGGACCGGACGCAAACGCAAAUGUGGGGAUCGAGACAACAAAACGACAAACCAUACCAGAGAAGCAACAGCCGACACCAGAACAGUGGGCCGGGCCACCAGAUGCACCAGCAAAGGGAAAGGACAAGGCCAACUGA